AUGACGGAGGCCUUCGCGCCCACGGCGGUGUCCUACGCGGCGGUGCUGAAGGCCAUGGUCCGCGCCGGCCAGGUCGAGAGGGCCCAGACCUUUCUGGAGUCGGUUGAAGCCGGAGGUCACCCAGUCAACGAGGUCUCGUAUACCACCGUCAUCAAGGGGUGGUCUGAGAAAGGAGACCUCCAGAAAGCCAUGCGCCUCAUGGCAGAGAUGGAAGACAGGGGCUUCAAGCCGGACGUGGUGACCUUUACCUCCAUGAUGUCGAGCUGCGACGCGAGAGCCGCCAAAGAGCUGCAUCGUGGCUUCUACGUGGCAAUGAGCCAGUUCAUGCGUACGAGGAUGGAGCAGAUGCGGCAGAGGGGCCUGAAGGCCAGCGUGGUGACCUACACUGCCCUCAUUGGGAAGCUGAAUGAUGGCCCAGAGGUACUGGAGGUGUUGCGACAGAUGGAGGAGGAAGGCAUCUCACCCACAGUGGCCACGUACAGCUGCGCGGUCAAGAUUUGCGCCCAGGCCUAUGACUUUCCGAGUGCCGGUCGGGUGAUGAGAAAGAUGAAGCAGAAGGGCGUGCGUCCGAACAUCAUGACCUAUGCACCUUUGAUCAAGGCGCACCACGAAUUGGGUAGCACCUUUGAUGUGGAGGCGGUGCUGCGGCACAUGCUCAGCCAGGGAGUGCCGCCGCAAGGCUUCGCGCAACGGAACCUGGAGGAGGGAUAUGACACAUGA